UCGUUAGUAAAUAUACAACUGCCGAUAUAAUGGCUGCCAUGAUAGUCGCGCCACCUCCAAUAAUUGCUGCAAUUAUUUCUGGGUCCUACAAAUUAUUGAAAAGCAGAGUUAAUAAAAUAAAUAAGCAUUUAGUCGUUGAUAAAUGGGACUUACGUUAA